AGUUCACUCCGCGUCUGCGCUUGCUCACACAGCAUGGAUUCUGACCGGCCUGCUCUUCCCGGCUCGCCCUAUAAGGUGGAAGACGAGAAUCUAGCAGUUAGUCAGCAGCCCAGGCCCUCGGUCACAUGGAACCUAGGCUCUCCCAGUGCCUAUACGGCCGCUGCCCAGGUGACCACCAGUUCUGGCACCAGCCCGGCCUCGGCCUUCUUCUGGCGCAGUAGGCUGGGCAGCCACCCGGAGAUUCACCUGGGGUCCCAGCCAAAGAUCUGCUUCCUGCGGCCGCGGACUGCGCGGCCGCCUGUGCUCUUCAGCUUAAUGAAUUCCAGUGAAGCAGCGGUGAAAAAAUUUUUACCCAAGAGCCACUUAUCUCGGGUGAUUAUUCGUGACAACCUCAGUGCACAACGAAUCUAUGAGAUGGAGGUAAAAGCUUCUGACAAGACCAAGAAAAAGAUGGGCCACUUGUAUGACCACUUGAAAAAAAAAUUCAUGACUGACCAGCUCAGAAAGCUGGGGCGCUGGAGACGGGAAUCCAUGAAUAUUCGGCAGUACCUGGAUAGUAUCCGGAUGUACAAGGUCGAGUUAAAAACCCAGCUGAAGAAGAGCAGACGGCCACCCUAG